AUGAGCGUCAAGAGCGACGCCUCCAUCAUGGCGUUGAAUGUACACGUGCUGCAGGGGGUGGAUACCUGGGCGCUGGAGAAGAAGCGCUUUGAUGGCGCAUCGAGUGAUCCCAAGCCCGCACCCCGAACGUAUGAUGGCCCACUGCCGGAGAUGGUAGACGGGGGCAAGCUGUACACAGGCAGUUGCCACUGUGGCGCCGUGCAGGUCGCGCUCGCGAGCAAGCCUCUCGACGAGAACUUUCCUGGCGGCCUUGGCGAAUGUAACUGCAGUAUCUGCGAAAGGAAUGCGUACAUCUGGGUGUGGCCGAUGCGCGAACAAGUGGUUCUUUUCGGCGACGAGAAGAACAUCUCGCGCUACGAGUUUGGCAAGAAAAACAUGGGUAAAAUGUUUUGCCGCAUAUGCAGCGUACACAUGACCAACUUUGCCGCCGAAAAGUCGGAGGAAGAGCUCGCUGCCAUGUCUGGCGAGGAGCGUGCGUACUUUGAAGGGGGUAAGGCACGGCAUCCCGUCAACCUGCGGGUGAUCGAGGGUCUGGAUCUGGAUGCUCUUCGAGGCAAGAUCACGCGGAUCAAGGGGGCCGAGGCGCCGCCAGCAUAUGUAAACCCGUAA